AUGUCGACUACAUGUCGACAAUGGCUCCCGGAUCGAUUAUUCCAAAGACCCGAGCAUUUCACUGGCCGGGUCACAUAUAGGGGCACUGGAAUUUUUGCCAAAAUUAAAGCUCGGUUUGAGGAGUUCAACCUUAACAACACGGCGAAGGAAAGCCGUUUCGGGAGCUUCUGGAAUGCCGUACCACUGACAUUCUCCUCGGUGUUAUUUCACCAGCUGAUGCUCCACAAAAUGAAAGUGGAUGCUCAGGAGGAGUUGAGGAUGAGGUUUUAUGUUGGUCGGAAGGAGGUCCGAUUCGGGGUGCUGGAGUUUGCACUCAUUACGGGUUUGGACUUCUCCUCGGGGCCAACAGAAGAGGAGAAGGCUGCGCAGGUCGCGCGCUCGGGGUCAGACCGAUUGAUCAACAAAUAUUUCAACCGGUCUGAUACUGUGAAGACAGAAGCACUCCAACUUCAGUUCACAAACUGCCAGAACCCGGAAGACUUGUACAAGCUCGGCUUGUGCUUGUUUGUGGAGUCAGUGCUUCUGGGCCGCGAGGCCAACGCGCUGAUCACGCCUCACAUACUUAGAUAUGUGGAAGACCUCGAGUUCUUCUUCCGGAUUCCUUGGGGGAAGCACUCAUUCGCCAGACUCAUGCACUCGCUUCAGAAAGACAUGUUGAAACAGAAGGCCAACUACGAGAAGAAGCUGAGUUCGGAUGUUCAGCACGAGUGCAAAUACACAGCAUAUGGCUUCGCACCUGCAGUCCAAUAUUGGGCGUACGAGGCCAUUUUGGAGGUUGGCAAGAGGUAUGGCACGAACCACGGGAUUCGGUUCCCCAGGAUGCUUAGCUGGACGAGCAAAGGCGAUAUGGGGAAGAAAGACAUCAGCGCAUUAUUUUCUAGACGGAAUCUGGAAGUGGUGAAGGGGCUACUUCCACGGACAGAGGAGGAGGCAUUUGUGAGGACAAUUUCUUACGAUGGUGUGGAGAACCUGGUUGAUGAUGUUGUGGAUGACACAGAGGCUGAGGCAGGUAGUCAGGUACCAGAGACUCAGGUCCCAGACACUCAGGAAAGAGACACUCAGGCCACUGGUUCAGAACCUCAGCCCAGUGCACCAUCUUCAUCAGGCGUUCGGGGUGCCGAGUACACUGAUUUAGUGGCUCGGUUGGAUAGGAUCGAGGCUGACACUCAGGGUCUGUAUGCUGCUCAGGCCGAGCUGAAGAAGGCAUACGAGACCAGCCAUGUAGAGCUGAAGGGUGGUCAGAACGUAAUUAUGGAGCAGCUCAGACACAUAUUGGCCAUGUUGAAUCGUCCGCCAACGACAGCUUCAGCACCGGAGGCCCCAAGCGAGAUCCAUCUACCCCACCACCAGCUGCUUCACCCCCAGUAGAAGAGGAU